GGUGUCUGAAUAGAUACUAAUUCAAAUAGUGAUGCGGUGUCAUACUUCCUGGAAGAGAUGCGUGUAGUGUGAAAUCGGUAGUAACCCAUUACACGCUUCCCUGCUUUCGAACCAUUGGAACAAGUGGAAGUCUAUUACAGUGCUAUUGCGUCUAACAACAUUGGGUCGACGGCGAUCAAAACCUGCCACCCUACCGCAGCCGCUAUAAAAGUUCUGUUGAUGGAACUACUAAUAAAGGCCCCCUACUCUUUCAAUUUCAGCAAGUAGAGUGUCUUCUGUGCGGACGCUUGCCCAGAUGAAUCUCACGUGCACAUGGCUAGAGGCCAUACUUUACGAAGUCAAGUAAUUCGUUCACUUUCGUUCACUUCGCAUGAGGCAUGGGUGAACCUGAAUAAAAAAUCAUUGUUAUUUUUUUAUAGCAGGCUUCUGCUCUUUGCUGCCUCCUUCCAAUUCGCGAUGGCAACUGCGCAUGUGACAUUGAUGUUUGUGCAAGCGACGAUUGGAUUCACGAAUACAACGAUUGCUGCCACCAAAGAAAACCACAUUUCCUUAGUCAUUGUCGAUGCAAUCAUUUGCUCAAGAACUGCUUUUGGUCAGUACAUGCAGGAAGAGACUCAUUAUAUGGAUAGCUCGCUGUAGAACGCAUCCAUAUUCUAUUCGCUGCAUUACCAUGUGAACGUGACUUCUCACAGCUACCGCUUCUAUCGCCGUCACCUUGCUCGCACCUAAAAACGCCAGCAUCUUUUCACAUACUUUUCGAGUUUUCGCAUUGUCUGGAUAGUCACUCGAGAUGAUCUUAAAUGCUACAGUAACUGCUGGUAUCAUGUACCACAUCUGGCGAACAGGACAACAGACAGCUGCUCUGACUAGUUACUUCAGGUACAGAAGCACCGUCAUGGCAAUCAUGGAAUCAGAUUGGGGCGCUCAUAACAACUUGUCCAUGCGUGAUGUUCUGUUUAUGGGCAGCAGGUAAUAUUGCGGGGACGUAGCAAUCAGUAUUGCAAUACAAGUCGCUACAAUGUCCCCUCUCCUUAUUAUCGUCCGUGCCGGUCUUGGA